AUGCUAGACCUAGACGCCUUCGAUCGCCUCUGCCUCAUCAAAGACGCCGAGAAGCCGGCGCCGACGCACGAAAUUCCAGCGGGGGAACUCAACCACGCAACCAAAACCAACAACGAUUGGGCCUCCAAGCUCGCCCGGAACGCUCGUAUGCGUGACUCGAAGCGAGGACCGGCCGGAGAGCCCCAGCUGAAGUGGCACGAAGACGCAGCGGACAAGGAAAGAAUGCACAAGAAGCUCCGCCGUGCCAUGCACCUCGACUGGGUGGAGGACCUCGCACCGGAAAGUGAACACAUCCCAGACUGCGACCUCUUGAUCGACAAGCUAGACCAGCAUAUGGAGGAGAUCGCCCUCCGGCGAGUUGUGGUGACGAAGAAGCAGGGAUGGGCACGUUUGGCAAUGACCGCUGCCGCCCUUGUCGCUUGCGUCUCGAUCUUGAGGGAACUUUCAUAUUGGUAA